AUAACAGUCCUCGAGUGUCGCCAUUUGAACUGCGCUUUUUGCCCCCUCUGUAACAAGAGAGAGUACACCUUAAUCCGUUCGAUCCCGUCAAUGGAGGAGGCGGAGCACAAGAAGGACGACAUCUCCGAUCUCCCGAAUGAAGUCGAUGCUGGAUCCAAUUCCCCGGUCGAAGCCAAAGGAAGCGAGAUCGAGCUAACGUUGGAUGCCAAGGGGCGCGAGAUCGGACCGCCGGGCGAGGCCAAAGAAGGCGAGAUAGAACCGACGUUGGAUGUCAAGGAAGGCGUGAUCGAGAUGGAGGGAGAUGAGAAGGAACCCUCGCCCUGUGUGGAAGCCGACGCUUCAAACGGCAGCGGGAUCCGCAAGUUCACGAUGCGGGAGCUUCUGGACGAACUCAAGGAAGAAGAGAAGGAGGCUGCUGGGGGGAAGGAUGACAGAUCUUGGUCGAUGGAUCCGACAAAAGAUGAUGGUAGCGAUGCUCAGAGGAAUAGCUUUGCUGGGAGGUCCUCUUUUAGCCAGAAUGACAUUUCAAUGGAUUUAAUCAAUAAAGUAACUGGUGUUGAUGAGGAAGGUCGCUCUCGACAACGGAUACUUUUGUAUGCAGCUAAAAAGUAUGUUAGUGCAAUUGAGAGCAAUCCAGAAGACCAUGAUGCAUUGUACAACUGGGCAUUGGUUCUCCAGGAGAGCGCUGACAACGUUGGACCGGAUUCUGUUUCUUCUAAAGAUGCCUUACUUGAGGAGGCUUGCAAAAAGUAUGAGGAAGCCACACGGCAUUGUCCUACUCUUUAUGAUGCAUAUUAUAAUUGGGCUAUUGCUAUAUCCGAUCGUGCUAAGAUGCGUGGGCGUACCAAGGAGGCUGAAGAAUUAUGGCAACAGGCAACAAAAAAAUAUGAGAAAGCUGUUCAGCUUAACUGGAACAGCCCACAGGCCCUUAACAAUUGGGGGCUUGCUCUGCAGGAACUUGGUGCAAUAGUUCCUGUACGGGAGAAGCAGACUAUUAUAAAAACAGCUAUAAGUAAGUUCCGUGCAGCCAUCCAACUACAAUUUGAUUUUCAUCGAGCAAUUUACAACCUUGGGACAGUUUUGUAUGGCUUAGCUGAGGACACUUUUAGAUCUGGAAGACCCAUCAAUGCGAAAGAAGUCUCUCCUGAUGAGCUUUAUAGUCAGUCAGCCAUAUAUAUUGCAGCUGCUCAUGCUUUAAAACCCAAUUACUCGGUUUAUCACAGUGCCUUGAGACUAGUUCGUUCAAUGCUUCCUUUACCUUACUUCAAAGUUGGUUAUUUAACUGCACAACCUGCACAUAUUCCAAUUGCACCUCAUAAAGAUUGGCAAAGGUCCCAGUUUGUUUUGAAUCAUGAGGGACUUCAGCAGGUGAGUAGGGUUGACAAGCAUCUAACACAAAGUCCUCCUGGAAGGUCACGAGGAUCCCCGCCGAUUGAUAAAUCACUAGUUAAAGUUGAUAUCCGUGACAUUGUUUCUGUCUCAGCCUGUGCUGACCUUACUCUACCAGGAGGUGCUGGCCUUUGCAUUGACACAAUUAAUGGCCCAAUUUACUUGAUUGCUGAUACAUGGGAGUCUCUGUACGGAUGGCUAGACGCAAUCCGCCUAGUCUACACCAUUUUUGCGAGAGGAAAGAGCGAUAUUCUUGCUGGCAUCAUAACCGGUUGAUUGUCCUAUUUGAGCAAUUGCAUAUGGGAAAAAAAUUCUGAUUCCAUCUCACCGUGAGAUCGAUGGUGCUUGAAUUCUCAUACUUUUAUAAUCAAGUCUUUUACUGUUUGGCAUUUCAAUAUUUGUGUAAUAGUAAUUUUGAAUCAUAAUGGUGGCCUGCAAUCCUUUUUAAUGUGUCCCAUAGGUUUAUAACUAAGGUAUUUGUAUGUUUAUAAACUAGUAAGAAUAUCCUUUACGCUUUUCUGGCAAUUGAGUAUUUUGUACAACAGCUUAAUUAUUGAUUGUGACAGCAGUUUGUCUCUUCCAAAUUUUCAGACAAUUGGAUCUUA